AACAUAUCUGUCCAAGAGAAAACAGAACAUCUUGGUGAUCUGUUAGAAGAUGAUGUUAUUUCAAAGUUCAGCGACAGCAAUGAUGAUGAUCAGGAUAGUUCAAACUAUAAUGAUGUGAAUGUUAAAACUAAAACUGAAUUUCCAGAAGACAUUGAAUCUGUGUUAAAAAGUACAUCUGAUAUUAAGACCUGCUGGGGGAGUCAGUGUCCUGGUAAUCAUGUCAUAAAACAAGAAGAUUACUUUAUAGAAGUUAGAAAUUCCCCAAAACUAAACAGUGGUAUAUAUGGAGAAUCAACUUUAAAUGGAAAUAACCUAAACAAAUUUAAUAUACCUCAGUGUAAUGGUAAAACAUACAGUUGUGUAAUCAGUGGAAAAAAAAUUGAAACAGUGGAUAACCUAACACAAGAAAAGAGGAUACAUUCUAGAGAGAAACGGUAUCAUUGUGCAGUUUAUGGAAAACAAUUUGAGAGAAAUAGUUCCUUAGAACAACAUGAAAGAACUCACACUGAGGAGAAACCUUAUAGUUGUGGAAUUUGUGAAAAAAAAUUUGGAUCAAGCAGUAACUUAAAAUCACAUCAAAGAAUACACACUGGGAUGAAACCAUAUAGUUGUAUAGUUUGUGAAAAACAAUUUAGAACAAACGGUAACUUAAAAAGCCAUCAAAAUAUACAUUGUGGGGAGAAACCUUACAAUUGUUCAGUGUGUGGAAAAUACUUUGGCACAAAGAGUAUCUUAAAAGCACAUCAAGGAAUACACACGGGUGAAAAACCUUACUCUUGUACAGUUUGUGGAAAACAAUUUAGAAGAAAUGCUGAUUUAAAAGAACAUCAAAGAAUACAUACUGGGGAGAAACCUUACAGUUGUUCAGUAUGUGAAAAACAAUUUAGAAGAAAUUGUGAAUUAAGAGGGCAUGAAAGAAGACAUAUUAUGGAGAAGCCUUACAGUUGUACAGUUUGUGAAAAACAAUUUGAAAUAAGGAGUAUUUUCAAAAUACAUCUAAGAAUGCACACAGGAGAGAAACCAUACAGUUGUUUAAUGUGUGGAAAACACUUUGCAUUAGUCACGGUUCGUGUGUUAGCAUUAUCAGAUCAGUUAGCCUUAUAUUCCCAAUCACGUUGA